CGGAAUGAUUUCCAGAAAGAAAAAAAAAAAGAAAAUGAAACCGGAAGCGUUCCCUGCGCGAGCUCCCGCGGAGAAGCCCCAUCCCGAAAGAAUCUCAAGUGGUAUGCUACAUCAAGAGGAUACUGAGUCAGCGAGGACGUGACGCCAUGACUAAGGACAAGAUACGAUACGAUGUCCCGAAAGAACGUACGACUGGAUACCAUGCAUUUGUUUAUUAAUUAGAGCUAUGUGGGGCAUUUCUUUAAUCGAAUUCCAAUCGUCGCAAUCAGGAUCAGUCGUUAGUCAGAAAAACACUGAUUGUUUUCUUCCUUCCCUUUGUCUCUUGUAUCGUCCUCUUUUGUGUUGGUAAUUUUUCAAAUGAAAUGAAACCAGCUAUAGCACCAUACAGGAAACGCGCAUUUGUUUGGAGUCUGAGUCACACAGAUCGUCAGUCAGCCACGAGCUUCGGUGUCCUCCAGUUCCCAAAAGACAGACGGCCCGAUAAUGGCACGCGACGCUUUACUCCGAGUUCCUUGAGGGUGGCCAAGUGUUUCGAGUCUUCUGCCGUCGGAAGAGGAAGUAGGAGGAAGGGAAGAGAACUAGGAAGAGGAGCUAAACAUUCGUCUAACUUGGGUGAAUUGGAAGGAAAAGAAGAGAUCUACAAUGGAUGGUCGAUGGAUGAGGGCGGUCGUGGUGGUGUGGCUGACGUGGAUUGCGGUGGCGAGGGUCCAGGCCGUGGAUGAGUACUGCACGCGGACGAGGGAAUCCAUUCGGUGUGUCUACAAGAACACAAGCCAGACUGUGAUGUUGAACGGCACCUUCGAAGCCUCGGGAGCACAUGAUUUAAGGGUCGAAUCCGCCGCAGCUCUCCAGGGAGUCGCCCCCUGCAACCUCCUCCUUCAAGUGUGGUCCUCGAACAACGUGACGCUGGAAGGAGGAGGCGCUGGCGAGGGAGACCAGGCUGCAGAUUAUAAAACCACGACGUCUUCCGAAGGACCAGCGAUAGGCACUGCCGAUUCGCAGAAGGGGAAUCCUCCGACAGAACAUGAAAUAGUGUUUGUGAAUGAUUCUCCAAAGGAACCAAGUGUCAGUGAGAGUGAAGACGUGAACGUUCAGUUAGAAAGAGGGGCUGGAGUGUGUGUAAGGAACGUGUCAGCUCAUCAGUCGAAAUUCAAGUCACUGCGCGGUCGGUUUGACUGUGUAACUCUUCGCCUCAGUGAAGCAGAUGAGGUAGAAGCAUCUUUUACCAAUUUAUUAAUUUGGAGAUCGUCGAUAUCUCAUUUAUCAGCUGUUGUGCAACACAUAUCUGUUGAAGAAACUAGCAUUACUUCACUGUCUGGACUCAGAGUUGAAAAUCAGUGGAAACCAGAGAGCCAGGCAAAUAUCGGGACGGUCACCCAUUCCUUUAAAAGUGCAGACAUUAAAAAGAUCGAGCGUGACGGUUUAAAACUGACUGACGGAGAUUUGCAUAUUUCGAACACCAACAUCGCCGACAUUGACGGUGGCGGAAUCGUGGUGGCGAAUGGGGCGGUUAACGUCGUAAACUCCCACUUCGCUAAGCUGUCCCCGACGUCCCUCGUCCUCAAGGGGAAUUCAACCGUCAUUUUCAGUAAUUCCACUUUAGGGAACCGGGAGAUCAAGUACAUGAAGGUGUCCAGCAGCGGCCAGGACGUCCAUCCCUUGCAGCUCAUGUUCCCUUUAGGAGGCGGACUCAGGUCGAGAAUCGGAAGCGGCGAUGUUUACGCUCAGGAGGAAGAAGACUCUGCUGACUCCUUGUUCCGAGGCUUCACAUGGUACUGGGUUGUGAUCAUGCUCGGCGUCGGGCUCGUGGCGGGCGUGGUGUUGGGGGCGGCCGCAAGAUGCCAAAAGAAGAGAGACCCAAAACAGCAGGCGUCGUCCCUAACCCUGUCGGACCUGAUAUCACGAGAGAGGAUGGAAGAGGGAGACAACUCGCACGAAAACGAAGCUUCCGGACGACCCAGCUUAUACCGCCAGGAUUCGGGCCUGACGUCCUCCUCCUUCGCCUCCUACACGGCCUGCCAGGAUCGCGGGCGCCUAACGAGCCUCAAGCAACCCGACGACCUAGACCAGAUCCUCAACUCUCAGGCGGAACCCAACAUCUACGUGCAGGUCUCGCCUCUGGCCUGCGCCCAGGAGACCGUCAUCUACGAGGAGGCGGAGACCUUCACGUCCCUCAGGGAGGAGAACACCUACAUGACCAUGGGCCCCGGCGCCAAGCAGCAUGCACGAGCCUGAGUCAGAGCAAGAUAAAAGGAGAAAUGGGGGAAUCCUUAGCAUGUCCGUAGCUAUGUUAUCGUUAUCUAAUCGUAUGUAUUAUAGCACUGGAAACCAUGAACAAUAAGAAAGGAAUAGCCUUAGAGUACUUGUUGCGAAUGUUGGUUGUCCCAUUCGCUUUGUUUUGCUGAGCUACUAGAAAUGAGUGAAUGUGUAAAUAGGCAUUUAUAGUUGCAUUCAUUGCGUGUGUAUGAACACAGCACAUGUGUGUAUACCUAACAAAUUGUAAAUAGCUAGGAUUUAUGUAAAUAUUGUAAUAUAAUUUGAUCACAUCUGUUAAAAUAAAAUGGUAUAUAUAUUCA